AUGUCUACUGCCGUCGAAAACCACGCCGACAACCAGGCCGCUACCACCCCUGCCGCCACUGAGGCUACCACCAACGGCACUGCUCCUGCCGCCCCGGCGCAGUCCACCGAUGCUGCUGCCGCCAGUGCUGAUGAGGGACGUCGGCUGUACAUUGGGAAUCUCGCUUAUGCGACCACUGAGGGGGAGCUCAAGGAGUUCUUCAAGAACUACAAGGUGUUUCUUGGCCUGCCGGUGUUGCAGGCCAAGGAGAUCAUCAACCCAUCACGCUUCCGUAGUCUUCGACUACUACAGGAGCGUUCUCAGUUUCUCCUGUGA